AUGAAGCCCACUUCAUGGCGGUGUCCAUCAGGGGAGCGUCUAUUGUCGUGCAUCGGCCUUCUUCUAAUCUCGCUCACCUCAUUCACGCAAGCCAUCACCUUUAAUCCGGUACCUUCACCUGGUCUCGAUCUGUCGGCGUUGGGCCGGGUGGGCUUGGCGGGCGACUUCGGUGGAAUUUCACUUUAUCAAUUCGAGGGACAGAACGAGAAUGGGUUCAACACCAAUGGCAGUCAAUCGCUACUCACACGAUUCCCCAAUGGAGACUUUGCGAGCCUGGUGUCUGCCGAUGCAUGUAUCCGAGCUAUGUGCCCAUUCAUUAUGAAAGAUGGCACCUUGGCAGGGGUGGUUGUAGGCGGAAAUUUCACAAGUUUGGGCGGAAUGGAAUCACCAGGAGUCGCCAUGUUCAACCCGAAUACCUCUGCUGUCGUACCUCUCCCUGGGCUCUCCGGGCAGGUUUCUGCGCUACUGUGCGACCAAGAGACAAAUACAGUGUACGUUGGAGGCAGCUUUAAGGGAGAAAAUUCAACCAACGCCCUAGCGUGGGUGGGUACUACUGGGUGGACCAAUCUGCCUUUUGCAGGCUUCAAUGGCCCUGUGAAUUCUAUAGCCAAAGCCUCAAAUGGCCAUAUAGUCUUUGGGGGGGUUUUCACUGGCCUCGGCAACGCCACUGGUCCCAGCCUACCAGAUCAGCAGAUUAUUAAUAUCUCUGGAGCGAAUAUUACAGCUGGCUCGUCGGCGUCAACCGCCGGCUUCAGUGAUCCUACCAACAUUGUUUGCAAGACUAGUGGGUUCAGUGGUGCCGGCGAUACCUGGCUCCUGGCUGACAAUACGCCUGGGUUCUGGAAAGCGAAUUUUGGCUUCGGAUUCCAGCCCACUAAAUUGCGACUAUGGAACACUCAUCAGGACGGAAGAGGCGCUAAGACAUGGAGAUUCACUGCCAUGCCGAUCAAUGGCAUCAUGAACUUCACCUAUGUUGACCUCGCAACUGGUCAAAACGCAUCCUGUUCAUCUGAGUGCCCGUUGAGCAGCGACACCAGUGUCAAGUUCCAGGAUUUCCAUUUUGUUAACGUGAUUGGCAUGAAUGCCUUCCAGAUUGACAUCUCGGCUUGGCAUGGCAAUGGUGGUGGUCUGGAUGGAAUUGAGCUCUUUCAGGACGACAUCUUUACUUAUGCUAUAAACGACUUUAACGAACCCACAUGUGCCGGCAUCAAGAUUGCCUCGAAUAGUACUUCUACAGGGCCUUGGACCGUGACUCCAUCCCACCAGAGUUCAUCUAAGUACUUGACCGCUGCCGUCACUGGAUCUACUUCUCCUAAUGUGGUGUUUCUCCCUGACAUCAGGCAAUCGGGCAACUACUCGGUUAAUAUAUACACACCCGGAUGUCUCCAGGACAAUAGCUGCUCAACUAGGGGCAGAGUUAAUGUCACUGGAGUGAUGGCAAGCGGUAGUACAAGCGCGGGGUUCAGCACAGAAGUAUUCCAAACCAAUAACUUCGACAAGUACGAUCAGAUAUAUUUCGGAUACAUUGAAGCUGGAAGCACCUCUUUCCGCCCUUCAGUGGUUCUCGCGCCAAGCUCAGGCCAAGACGUACCGAACCUCUCCGUCGUUGCCCAGCGUGUAGGAUUCAGCCUUAUCUCUUCAACUGGUGGGUUGAAUAGUCUCUUCGAAUACGAUCCUAGCCAAACUCUUAUCAACCCCUCUGAUUUCGCCAAUUCAACCUUUGAUAAAGCCGGCAUGAAUCUAGGUCCAGAGUCUGGAGUCAACGCGCUGGUGACUUCCGGAAGUACUACAUACGUUGGGGGGAAUUUCUCUACAGGCACUUACAAGAACAUCCUCGCCAUCGCCGAUUCUGAUGCCAAGCCACUCCCUGGAGGCAGCUUGGACGGAGAAGUUUUAACCAUGUCCCUUGACCGGUCUACAUUGUACGUUGGAGGCAAGUUUACGAAGGCGACGGGCGGUGGUGGUGUGGGUGACCUGAAUCGCGUUGCUGCUUAUGAUACAGUGAAGAACACAUGGGCUGCUCUAGGGGCAGGCGUCAAUGGUUUGGUGUCAAGCAUCGUUCCACUUUCGAUGAAUGUCACAGUCAACGUGCCCGAGACUGUAAUUACGUUCACCGGCGACUUCAAUCAAUUGCUUGCCUUUGGAAAGAACCCCGCCGUUUCAGUUACGGGAUUUGCAAUUUGGGUACCCACUCGCAGUAACUGGCUUCAGAACCUCAAUGGUACCACUGAGGUCAUCAAUGGGGCGCUCACGGCUUCUGUAGAUCUUCCUGGUGGUGGAUCUCUGUUUGCUGGCUCUCUGUCCUCCUCGCAACUUGGUGCUAAUGGAGCCGCAGAGCUUUCGUCUACACUGGGCGCUUUCCCUGUCCAUAUCAAACCACUAGUAGCACAACAGACAGGCGCCAUAGCAAGGAGGGAUACCAAUAACAAAACCGCAAGCGGUGUUGUUACAGGCCUCUUCUACAACAAUGGUGGUCGGAAUAUAACAAUAUUGGGUGGCCAUUUUGUCGCAGUGGGAUCUAAUGGAUCUGAUAUUAACAACCUCCUCUUUGUCAACAGUUCAAACUCUGACACGGUUACUGGUGUCGGGCCCCAGAUCUCAAGCGAUUCGACUAUCCUAGCGUUGGCUAUUCAGCAAGACACUCUUUUCGCCGGAGGUAGACUUUCUGGAAAUGUCGACGGUGGCAAAGUAAAUGGUUUGCUAUCAUUCAAUCUGGCUACUGCGUCACCCAACACUCAGCCACCGGCCCUUGGUGGGGGUGAUGUUGCUGUGAAUUCAAUCACAGUUAGACCUGAUACAGGCGAUGUUUAUGUUGGUGGUAGCUUUUCAUCAGCAGGUUCUCUGGAGUGCCCUGCAGUAUGUGUUUUCUCCACGUCCGCCGCCCAGUGGAACCGCCCGGGAUCUGAUCUGGGAGGUAUCGCCAAUACUAUGACCUGGGCCAGUGAAAGCUCACUCAUAGUUGGCGGUUCGUUAUCCAUCGAUGGCCGCAAUGCCCCUUUGAUGAUAUUCGAUGCCAAAUCCCAAAACUGGACUGUAGCAAAUGGGGCAGAUACAAUCCCCGGCCCCGUGGUUGCGAUGGCGGCAGCUAACAGUGAUGCCUCCGAGUAUUGGGUUGCUGGCACGGCCACAAAUGGAUCCUCUUUCCUCAUGAAAUACGACGGUACAACUUGGGAUUCUGUUGGAAACACCUUAGGAAGUGGAACAAACAUUCGAGGUCUCGAAGUCCUGUCACUUACUACGAAACACGAAUCAUCCAGCUUGCUCUCAGCCAGCCAGUCGCUCCUUGUCACUGGCUCUCUAAAUCUUCCAGGAUUCGGAAAUGCCUCUGCUGUGCUCUUCAACGGCACCACCUUCCAGCCUUUCGCCCUGACCAGCUCCGCCUCCAACACUGGCAGCAGUAUCUCGCAUCUGUUCUCGGAAAAACAAAACGUUUUCACUUCGAAAGGUGGUGGACUUGCUAGAGGAUUCAUUGUACUCAUAGCACUCGGUAUCGCUUUGGCAUUGAUAUUCUGCAUGGUUGUUGCCGGAGUAGUUGCUGAACGUAUCCGACGUAAGCGCGAGGGCUACGUAGCUGCACCGACUGCCAGUUACGAUAAGGAUGGAAUGUCGAGAAUACCUCCCGAACAGCUCUUCGGAUCGUUAGGCCAAGGCCGGAGUGGGAUCGAAAAGCAAUCGACACGGAUAUGA